AUGACCAGCGCACCGAAUCCGACCACAACAUGGGAGCCUGUGCAAGAUGGGGAAGUAUUUUAUAGUACUCGAGAAGUGUAUCAAAUGAUGUGGCAGCUGAAUGAUCUCACUGAUUUUAUUAUUGCUGGGGCAAGAUAUGGAGGUCCAUUAGCCUUGAUGCGAGAUACCUCGAAGCUUGUAGCCUUGGGUCGACAUUCCGUAUCGAAGCCCCAAAUUAUUAUAUAUUCGUCAGCUGGAAAUCUAAUUAACACCAUUCCAUGGGACCAAGGGAAAGUUAUCUCUUUGGGCUGGACGCACGAUGAGCGUCUUGUAACUCUAAACGAGGAAGGGACUUACAGGAUUCAUGAACUCUCUGGAGCCUAUACCCAACAUUCGCUCGGCACUGACGCGGCAGAUAUCGGUAUAAUGGACGCUAGAAUACAUGAACAUGGUCUAGUAGCUCUUACCAACCAACUCACAUUCCUGGAGGUCAAAGAGUGGUCCGGAACUAAACCCCUCGCGCUUGCACUGCCUGAACCCUCGUUGGACGGCGCGCCCCAUGGGUGGUCGAUUGUCCCUCCUGAUGCAGCAAUAAGUAAACAUAUUGAAGUACUUGUCGCGAGUGGGAACACAAUUUUGAGUGUGGACGCGUUGGAGUGCGUCGAUCAGCGUGUGGGGAGAGGGCCAUUCCUUUCCAUUGCACCAAGUCCAAAUGGCAAGAGUAUUGCCCUGCUUACAUCUUCGGGGCUAGUAUGGGUCGUUUCUGCGGAUUUUACAAAGAGCUAUGCAGAGUAUGACUCCACACAGGAUAGCCCAGCUCUUCCGAGGCAGGUUGUCUGGUGUGGGAAUGACGCUGUCGUAUUAUCUUAUGCUUCUGGGCUACUGGUUAUCCUCGGUCCAUUUGGGGACACGAUUAAACAUUACUAUCCUGGCACUCCUCAUGUUGUCGGAGAGGUCGAUGGUGCACGUGUGGUCUGUAUAGAUCGAUGCGAUUGGAUACAAAAGGUUCCCCAAUCUUCAAUGAACGCACUGGGUCCAACAUCGACCCACCCAGCAGCUCUACUCCUACACGCUUCCGAACAAUUCAGUCAACGCGUUCCAAGUGCACACGACUCCGUGCGAGCGAUCCGGCCGGAACUCGCUGGCGCUGUGGAUACGCUUGUCGAUGCUGCAGGACGUGAAUGGGACGGAGUAUGGCAACGAAAGUUGAUGAGUGCUGCCGCAUUUGGACGAGGAUUCCUAGACAUGUAUGAUCCAACUGAUUUUGUCGCGAUGGGCAAGACGCUCAAAGUGUUGAAUGCGGCUCGGUACUAUGAGAUCGGAAUUCCGAUCACUUAUGCCCAGUACCAACACACGUCGGCCACACAUAUAAUCGCUCGACUUACUGCUCGAAAUGAGCAUCUUCUUGCAUUGCGUAUCGCAGAAUUCUUAGGUCAGCCGCCAGACACAGUACUCAAGCACUGGGCGUGCGCUAAGAUAGCCAAGAGUGGGAAGAUCAAAGCCGAGGACCCAGAUGCUCCAGCGGAUAAAGCAGACAAAGAUGUCUGCCAUGCGAUCGUCGAGAAGUUCCGCGCGACUCCUGGGGCGAGUUUCGCAGAUAUUGCGAAACGGGCCUGGGAACUGGGAAGAGGGAGGCUGGCUACUAUGCUACUUGAUCAUGAGCCUCGACCGGGUGAACAGGUUCCAUUACUAUUACAGAUGAAGGAAGAGAGAUUAGCUCUUAUCAAAGCCGUGGAUAGUGGCGACACCGAUCUAGUUUACUUGGUUUUGUUGCAGCUCAAGAAGCAGUCUUCUCUUGGAGACUUCUUUAGGUUGCUGGAGGAUGGAGGAGAGAAGUAUAGUCCUGCCGUCUAUGCUCGGGAACAAGACCGUGAAUUGCUGAAAGAUUUUUACUACCAAGACGAUAAACGUGUCGCUUCUGCCCUACUGGCGCUAGAUGAUGCGCGAACAGCUAAAAUGGUUGAUAACAGGAUCGAGCUUGUACGUGCGGCUGCUAAAUUCUUUAGUGAGGACCGAGAACGAGGAUGGGAAGCCAAAGCGAUGGACGAAAGCGUCAGAUUGCUCACAUUCCAGCAACAGUUGGAAAAAGAUCUGGAAGGAAGAGUGGAAGUUGUCGGGCUUAGUGUGAAUGCCACGAUUCGGGCGUGCUUGUUGAAUGGACAAUCGAAGAAAGCUGAAAAGGUCCGAGCAGAUUGGAAAGUUCCAGACAAACGAUUCUGGUACGUCAAGCUCUACGCACUGACGGAACUCCGAGAUUGGGAUGGUCUGGAACAACUGGCCAAGUCGAGGCGCUCGCCAAUUGGUUACGAACCAUUCGUAACUCACUUGGUGGCUCAAGGCCAUUUAAAGCAAGCUGCUUCCUACGUACCACGAUGUGACGCGCCCAAGAGAGCAGAACUAUAUGUCAAGUGCGGAGAAUGGAGAUCUGCUGGCGAAGAAUGCAAGACGCGGGGUGACAAGGCGAAGCUCGAAGAAAUCAGGAGGCGAGCUCCGAAUAAUCUUGUGGCGAGAGAGUUGGAGCAAAUCUUGUCCACGAUGCGGUAA